GAUCCUCGAUAGUGCGAUUCUGCUCAAGUUCUUCGGAGGGAAGGGGUUGCGGCCUUUCUUCAGCAUUCUUUCGGGGAUGAGCGACAGGAUCGUCCUCGGGGGGGACAAAGGGGGCGCCGGGGAUGCAAGAAUGAAGGCCGUUCCCGAUGAUGAACUGGAUGGGUCAGAUUUGGAGCCGAGCGGGCCGUCUUCGCCGAAGCGGGGUAAGGACCAAAGAACGGAGAGGGCUUCGAAGCGACGCGGGGGCGAAGGGGCAGAUGUGGUUCCUGCUCUUGACCUUGUUCAGAUGGAGCGGCUUUUGGAGGCUCACUCUUCGCGGAUUCUCAAGGCUCAGAAGGAUAAUCUGGAAGGAAUGAUGAGUAUCUUCGAACAACAGACUGCAGAGAAGCUCUCCCACAUUGAGGCCAAGGCUGAAAGAGCGGAUCAGAGAUCGCAGAAUGUUGAGGCCAAACUGGAACAGAUGCAGAAUCAGCUCCACGACCUGCUCAAGACCAAGCCUGCUCCACAGCCAGAACCGGACCGACGCUAUACGCUAGUAUUCGGCGGCUGGCCGCGAGAUACUCGCCGCCAAGUGAUACUCCAACAGCUUAAGGAAGGACUCGAGCGCCUCGACCUAGUGCAGCACAUGGACAGCGAGGCCUUUUGCACUGGCCCCAGACGCAGCACAGCGCUAGCUGUGUUCUACCCCAGGGAACAAGAAAGCGAGUACAUGGUGAGACGCAGAAUGCACCAGGUGAUCAUGGGGCUGGCAAAGACCCACGUUGCUAUACCAGAGGGCCGGCGACUUUUCGCCACAUAUUCCAAGUCCAGGGCGGAACGUGCUGUAGCUGGCCAUGCAGGAUGGCUGAAGCGCACCUUGACAGCAAUGGGGGCAGAAUACGCAGCGCUGCUGGAUUUGGAGUACGCUACUGGGACCUGCUGGGUGGGCUCCUCUAUCGUCGCCUCGGCGACAAGGCCUUCUGAGCCAGGGGUUGAUGAACGCCACCUCUUGAGGGACGAAGUCGAGGGUAACAAGGUGUGGGUCAACGUGGUGGCACUGGCAAGCGAACUGGGGCGGCCCCAGCGAGAGAUCGCCAGGCCUAGACCCAACUGGGAAUUAGAAAUACGCUCUUGGAAUCUUGGUGGCUCGGACGAAUAUGCUGCGCCUCAAGCACUCCGGGAUUUGGGCAUGCUCGAUAGUGACCAUGUCAUCUACCUUCUCCAGGAGAUGUCUCGCCGCGAAGCGGGGUGGCAAACGGACCAGAAGGGGCUGGCAUUCUCUACCGGGAAAAAAGUUGGCGAGUGGUGUGGGUGGGAACGGCCCACAUCGAUCCAGGCUGUGCGCAGCAGGUACAUCGAGAGGUGGGAAAAUGAUGACGACGGAGUACCCCAACCGAUAGGGCGAAUGGGGAAGCAGAUUGAUUGUGUAUGUCACAAGGGCUUGUCGAUACCGAGGGUCGAGAUCUGUGUGGACACCUACAGGUGCCUCGGGACGGACCACGAGCUCCUCAGGGCUUUUGCAGGGUUCAAGGGAGAGCAGCGACAUGUACGGCAUAGCACCAGACCAAGGGAAUGGAUUGGAGGGCCCGAGGUGAUCAACAAAAUCGACCACGAUAUCCUCAAAACUAUGGCCAAGCAGUGCACCAAACCGAAACCGGGCAAGGGCUACAGGGAUAGUCAAGAAGUCAAGGAAGCGAUACAGAAGGCUCGAAGCGACCCGAGUGCAGACAACUGGAAAGCAGUUCAGAACCUCAGGAAGAAGUCCAGGCGCCAGUGGGAAACAGAGAGGAUCAGGGAAGCUACACAGGGGGACUGGGAACAGGUCAGGAAGUUGAGGGCCAAGAAGAAUGUGGGAUGGGAUUGCCAUUACGCAGAGCAGCAGGACGAGGGUGAAGCUCACAACAGUGUACACAAACAUCUGAAGAACAUCUACGAAACUGGGGAUACCCUCCCGGAACUCCCUCCGUGGCAAGGUGAAGUUGAGGCUUUUACCCUGGACGAGUUGGACAUGGCUUUACAAGCAGGACACCGAGGCAAAGCAGUCGGCCUAGAUCAAACAAGCCAGGAAUUGCUCCAGGGUAUCUGUGCCACACCUGGGGGACGGGAACAACUCCUUGAGUACUUCAACCAGGAGACCUACGACCUCUUGCUAUGGGGAGCGCCACAGCUAAGUUGUUCGCCAGACUCCUCCUACAGCGUUCAGAACCCAAAAUCGGAGUCCAGGGACCUGAACAGUGCUGCGGUAAAGGAAUGGCGGCGCGGCACCUGCUGGCUGAAGGUGGAUCUGGCAAAGGCCUUCGACAGGGUAGAUAGAAGGGUCUUAACCGCCAGACUACUUGAACGCUUGGGGAUGGGACCGGAAUAUCGCUGCUGGUACAACCUUCUCAGGCAGAAUGAUGCGGUACUGCAAACCAGCUGGGACACUAGUGUCCUGCACAUGCACGGGGGUAUAAAGCAAGGGGCUAUCGAGUCCCCAGCCUUCUUCAGUUUCCUGGCAGAGACGUGCCUCCAUGAGGCAGCGAGCAGAUACAAGUGGAAGGAUUCCGAGGACACCUAUGAGGGUCUGGCAUUAAAUGACCUGCUGUACAUGGAUGAUGGCCUACAGUGGAGCCGAGGGGUUGCGGGGAUCGAGAAGCGAAUUGCACAGUGGGGUGUAGUACUACAAGAAUAUGGGUUGCAGAUCAAUGCCAAGAAGUGCCAACUGUAUUGUUCCCCGCACCACACAGGGGAGAGGACGAUUAAAAUCCAGGGCGAAUUGAUCCAGGCAUCGAACGAGCUACAUAUUCUUGGGGUCACUUUCAGGGUCGGCAUCACCUCCUCUGAGCUCCUCGCCCCCCUCAUGGCCAAACCCCGAGCCAAAUUCUGGGGAGGGUUGCAGCACCUGCUGAGAGCGAAGACACCGUUAGCAGGGCGAGUACGUCUAAUGGAACGCAUCCUUGGAGGAACUGUUCUAUGGCCCCUCGCCGCACUACCCAUGGACUCAUCCAGCCUGGGGCUUAUUAACAGCCUCCAGCAGCAGCUGUGCAUUUGGAUGAUGCGAGUCUCAAAACGACAUGACGAAACCUGGGUGCAGUAUUGGGAAAGGGCGCAUCGUGGGGCAAGAGCAGUCGUGCAUAAGUUCUCAGGCAAGCGAUGGUCCACGGUCUGGUUGGAACGAUGGUGGCAGUUCGCUGGUCAUCGGACCAGAAUCAACAUGUACGAAACACAGAAUGCCGCAACCAUCAUCGAUGAGUAUCGUACCCGAACCUGGUGGCGAGAGCAACAAUCCAGACCCACCACAGGAAUUAGACACCCGGGACAUUACUAUCCCAAGCUCAUGAACAUGGAAAGGGAUAUGGACCGAGCAGCGGGAGGCCCUUGGCGCGAACAAACAUACAACAGGCAGGGUUGGAAUUCAAAGCUUGGGGCGUGGCUGGCACAGAAAGACCUCCCCUGGGCAAGCAUGCGACAACCCAGCCUCGAACACGCAUAG